AUGGCAGAACUGGUGUUGUUCAUAUUAAUACGCUUUCUUUUGCCUCUGACAUUAAUCUUUGUUUCAUUGGUGCGCCCUGUUGGUAUUUCUUGUAUAUAUCUCAUAAUGUUUUUUUUAUCACCGUGGCUCCUACAAACCAAGAAUUUAAGACAGCGAAGCUUUUUAAACGUAUUUAUUAUAUUUCUUUGUGUCUUAAGUACGAUUUGCCUUAUCGGGCACCUUUUAAUUAAUCUGAUUGGCUUAUUUUUUAUUGACUUAAGCUCUAAAAAAUCUUUAGCUUUUAUCUUACGCCAAAUUGGUUUUCUGUACUUUAAAGGACUGAGUUUUGGUUCCAUUGCGCACUGGACUCUUCCUGAUUUCUUUAUUCUUCUAGAAACAAUUAUCUAUUUAAUUUUUUCCAAAAUUUUCCAUAAACGGCAGAAGAAACUUUUUCGAAAUGACGGUGACGGAUUUAUAAAAGUAAAUAAAGAAAUAUCAGAUACUUUAAAAAUAGCGGAGAUGAAUCGACUGUUGAUAAUAAUUUAUAUACGAACAGUUCUAAAGACAUCUCCUAUAUUUUCUCUCAUCGUGCUUUACUUUGCUGCUUCUUUAAGGCCAUCCUUACCAGGAAGUCUAUAUUUUUUAAUGUUUAUCAUAGCUGGAACAUACUGGGCACUUUAUCGCCAACUAAACCGGCGAAUGUACUAUCCUCUGAUAUUUAUGGUUGUUGCACUUUUGAUACAUAUUACAUGUAUAUUUGCUUAUCAAUUACCAGUUUUGCAAAGAUCAAUUAACAUUAAUACAAUAUGGAGCAGAGUUAUGGGAAUGGAAAUCUUACUUAGUCUUUUUAAAGAAAAUAAAAAUGGAAAAAUACUGGAGUUAAACAAUCAACUAAAUUUGGAUUCGUAUCUAAACCCUGUUGCUGUUAUGUUAGCAUAUUUUGCAUCAACGCUAAGCCUUAUAAACCGCUCAAAAUACGAGCUAACGUUCAAUACGAUUCGUAUGAAUUUAGAGCCUAAGCCCCACGGUAUAUUUUUAAACACCCAACCUAUGAAAGGGAAAACCGAUGACUUAUCGGUUGAUGCGGAGCCCUCAAUGCUGGAACAGUUUUUUUAUAUGAUUUUUGAUAUUACUACAUUCGUUUAUAAGAACAGCUAUAUAUUACUUAAUAUUAUUAUGAUGCGAUCCAGAACACUACGAAUCCGACAAGCAGUGCACAAUCGACCCUUGCGAAGCGCCGACAUCAAGCAGUGCACCCAGCCACAACGCAUCGUCGACUCCAAGCAGUGCACCUAG